AUGCCUUCCAAUAGCAGCAGAAAAACAGACCGUAAAGGAAAAGGAAAAGCAUCUGCAAGUAUAUCUACCUCUGCAAACCGUGUUUUGGCUGGCCGUGUUGGACCUCGAGAAAUUGCCCCCAGUUUCUCAUCCGCAACUAUCCAAGAUCAGCGAUACGUGGAAAUUGUUGAAAUGCUUAACAAAACUCGUAUGGCUAGUCUAGAACCAUCUCUGAUGCCAUCCUAUGUCCCCCAGACCUCCCUCAGUGAUGCCGAGGUUUCUGUCAUUAUCUCGGAAAUCUUCGCGGAAAAGUUGUGGGACUGGAAGUUCGAGUCUGACGACCCUGCUCUUGUUGCUGAGAACGAGAGUAAGAAGAAGUGGAACUUGAACAAGAAGAUUAACCACCGCGAUAACGUAGCUGUUAUCAACUACUUGAAGAGCUACAUUAGCGCCCAGACUCGUCUAGCUGGUACUCACCCACGGGUGAUAAGUGAUAAAAUAAAGAACAGGUACAAGCACAGUCAUUGUACUUUUCACGAGUCUCCUGAGCAGAAGGCCAAGAAAAACAGCAAGGGGAGAGCAAACAGUCGUACUCUUCAGUUGACAUACAUGGACAACUGGGUAGCCAUUGAUGCUGCAAUGGGAUAUAAGACUGGAAACCCUGUUGAGAAGGCCUAUCUCAAACUCUUUCAGAAGGAUGCCAUGUCUGAUGUUCAACAGAUUGUUGACAAUGGUUGA